GUCCGUCUUUGCUUGUCGCCCCUCAGCCGUCCUGCUGAACUCCACUAGGCAGAGGUGGGUGCUCUCGGUCUGCCUCUUGUCCCUUGGCCCCCCUCUCUGACCCUCCUGGUGAGGCCCUGUGAGAGCCCCUCAGUGCCGUCUCCGAUCCCUGGCUGUCUUUCUCUACCUGCCCGAGGCCCGUCACAUCUGCUGUGGCCUUUAUGCCAAUCCACUUUUCACUUCGGGAUUUUAGUUACUCCUUGUCCAGAUUCUCCUGUGCUUGUUUUGUUUCUGCUAGUUGAUGCCUAAGUUCUCAUUCUUGCUUUUGGAUGUUAUUCCUUUAUCUUUGAAGUUCUUUGUCUUUAAAAAUUGUGUUUUUACUUCUUGUUUGGGAGGCAGAGACAAGAGAUUGGCUUUUCCAUCCCGUUGGUUUACUCCCCAAAUGCCUGCGAUAGCUGGAGCCAGGCCAGGGUGAAGCUGAGCCGGGAUUCAGUCUGUCUCCUGUGUGGGUGGCAGAGGCCCACGGCCCUGAGCCAUCACCUGCUGCCCAGGGCGUGCAAAAGCAAGCAGCAGUAUCAGAAGUGGAGCCAGUCCUCAGAAGCAGGGACUCUGCUGUGAGAGAUGGGCCUCCCAAGCUGCGUGUGUGUGCGACAUUUGCUUUAUGUUGUGAUAGAGACGGAGGAGGAAAGAGAUUUCCUGGAUCACUCCCCAAAUGGCUGCGACAGCCGGGACUGUACCAGGCCGCAGCCAGGAGCUCCAUCCUGGUCCCCCACGGGUGGCAGGGACUUAGAUACUUGAGCCCUCUUGCGCUGCUUUCCCAGGUGUAUCAUCAGGGAGCCGAAUCAGAAGCAGAGCAGCCCGGGGCUCACACCAGCGGCACUGUGAAACGAGACGCUGCCCUCGCAAGCGGAGGCCCAGCCUAGGCCGCCAUGACACCGGUCCCCCGGGCAGCGUCUUCACCGCUGUGCCACCUGCCUGCCCCAGAAGCUCCUCCCCGGGAAGUGUUACUAGAUUCCCGUCACCUCCUCUUCUUUUGUAUUUGUAUUUGUGAUCUCCUGCUCAUCGCUCAUCAUAGCCUUAACUUUCCUCCUGUGCGUUGUUGUGGUUUGCAGCUCAUCUGGCCUGGGAGCUGAGGGCUGGGGAGCACCUGCUCCUCGGGGGUUUCCUGGGCUCUUUCUUCCUUGAGACCCCCCCUCCCCACAUCGUGGGCACGGGGCCAGGCUGGGCUGAGCACAGGAGCAGGUGGCAUGGAGCUCCCUGUGGACCAGCAGUUGGGGUGGUCCCCGCAGAGUCGGUGCUUGGCAAACUUGUCACCGGAGGAUCCUGAGGCCUGAACACAGACCCCUCCGUCCAGCAGGCUCUGGGAGGUGCUGGUGCCAGGGCAUGUGUUCAGGGAGCCAGGAGUGGGCCAGGAGAUGUGCGGGCUUUAAGUGGAGUUUUAAUUAAAGCGGCCAGCAGGCGGGCGCGGCGGUUUGGAGUCUGGACUGCGGAGAACCCUGUGGGGCGGCUCUUUCCAAGAGCCUUGCGCACCUUCGCAGCAUGUCUCUGGUUUUUGUAGGACAGUGCACGCCCUCUGCCCCGUCCCAACAAGGGACAGUCAUGGAGAAAUAUCACAUUAUUAAUAUUUAAUUUCCCCUCCUGGCUAGCAACAGAUGACUCAAGGAUUAAUUAGAUAGCGGCAACAACGAAGAAUAGGAAAUUGCCAGGCCGUGGCCCCGCCCUGGCCCCCUCCCCGGCCACUCCUUCCUGUGGCUCUGGGAGGCUUUGGGAGGGAGGGAAGCCGGAGGAGCCAGGCGGCCUCAGGAAGUCGUCCUGCUGCUGCAUCCAGCAUGACUCCCCUUGUCCUGGGCUUCCUGAUGGUCAUGCUCUGUACCUUAGCUUCCUAGGCUCAGAGUGGGGCACAGGCUGAUACAGGGUCCUGGCAUCCAGGCAGGUAGCCUCUCGGUGAGCACGGGGCUUGGCAGCUCUGCGGUAGCCAGCGGACUGUGUAAGGCCCCAGUUCUUGUUGGUGACACAUCAGUAGCUUGAAAUUGGCCAAAGUGCGAACAUGGACACCUGGCUGAGGCCAGGGCAACCCAGGCAAGAGCCACUGGCCAGCCUGCAGUUGAGCACCUGCCGCCUCCUGGCCCCUCUCUCUGUCAUCUGCAUGGCUCAGGGCUGGGGAGUGGACUGGUUGGGCAGACAGGCCCUGGCACUGACCAUGGGCAGGAGGGUCAGUGCCACCAAGACUGCCAGCCGGCAAGGAGACGGCUUCAUGUGCAUGGGGAGGAUGCUGGUUCCAGUGUUGCUCAGCGGAAGGUGCUUAGGGGAGACCCUAAGAACUGGGGAUACACAGGCACGUGUGGCUGCUGGGAGAGCUUUGCUGAACAGUGGUCUGGGUCAGGCCCUUGAAGGCCCAUUCCACACUGGGCGUCCUAGGUGACGUGUCAGUCCAGCCCUGGGCACAGGUGCUGGUGGUGUGGGCCCCAUCCGCGGAGCUCUAGGGCGGGGGAGCACUGCCCUUCCCUGCCUGCCCCUCCGGCAGAAGCGUUCCACCUUGUCAGCCCCUAGCAGGGCAUCUGAGGACGGUCCUGGAGAGUGUCACACUGGAUACUGACCCCGUCCCGACUAUACUGCACGGGCCUGGGCCGGCAGGAGGCUGUGAUAGCCUCCAGUGCAGACUCCCAGAGGGCACUAGAGGUGGGAGAGAUGGCUCCUCCAGGGCUCACUGGGCCUGGGUGGUCCUGGCUGGACAGUGGCUGCCUGUUCCUGCUGUUGGUGCUGGGCCUGGGAGCCCACCCUGAGGCACCUGGGUGGGAGGCAGACUGGGGCCAGCACCAGCUCUGGCAGCACCUGGUAGACCUGGGCCUUGCCGGCAGCUGGGUGGGCCCCGGGUGAUGCUGUUCUGGGCUGUAGGGACCCCAUGCGUGUCUGAGGAUGGCCCUAAGAGCCUUGGUAUGGCCUUGUCUGCGAUGUGCUUUGGGAGCAACUGGCUAACAAGUGUCUCCGUCGCUGCUCCCUUAAUGGACUUAGUGGGACUCAGGCCUCUCUCUGCCAGGCCCUGGCCUUCUGUCAGGUGCCCCAUUGUGAGCUUCCUAGUGGAGAGACUCCUCAGGUGUGGCUGCAGCCCUUGCUUAAGCCACUAACAGCUUUACAGUUAGAAGGAAACUUGGGGUCCAUCUAUUUCAGCCCUCGUGUCACUUCCUGGGGGAGCGGGUAGGGGCAGCCUGGCCCCUUCAAGGAGACCAGGAACUAGGAGUGACCUCCCGAGGUCACCAGUCCUGCUACACUCACCUGGGGCCGCUGCAAGGCUGUCUCGGCCCCGUGUCCUCAGGGAGGCGAUGGCCAGGCUUGAGGGGAGCCCUGGGAAUCGGGGCUGGGCUCAGGCCUGCCGGGGAGACCGAGCUUGCUGGUUUUGAGGGGUACCACUAACGCCUCGUGUUUUUAAGACCUCUUGGCGCUGGGGGAGUCCUUUCACACCUGUUAUUUCCUUCUCAUAGGCUCAUGGGUGAAAGGCAGGAUGGCCCCCAGGGGGCCUCUGGGUCCAACCUCCUCACGGUACCAGUGGGUAACUGAGGGCCAGAAGGAAGGAGUGCUCUUGCCCAAGGUCCCCCAGCUCUGAGCACCUACUUUCUGCUGGGGACCAGACCCGUCAGUCACUCCCUGUCAGCCAGGCAGGGGAGCAGGUGGGGAAGAGGCGUGGGAGGAGGUGGAGGGAGCAGCUUCCUCCAAGGAGGCAGGCAGCUCCAGCACCUGCCCCGCCCAGAGGCGGGGACACCCGGAGGCAGCGGGUUCAGGUUUGUGGUUGCUCUGCUGCUGCAGUGGAGACGGGCUGGUGGCUCCCCGGGGCUCUCCAGGUGCCUUGGGAACGCUGAAGCUGAGCUGGCUAUGACGCUGCUGCCGGCGCCCCUGCCGAGGGCCUGGUCUGGGGAGACUGGCCGGCAUCCGGGAGAGCCGCCCCGACAGCGAUGCUCUUGACUCUCCUGUGAGGAAGGGGCUCGGGGGCCUGGGCCCCUGCACCUGGGCUGGGCUGGCCAGGAGCUGGGUGGGCAGACAGCUGGGCUGCAGCUAUGGACCGUGAGCUGGCCCGGCCCGCGUCCCCGCUGAGCCUGCCUGUCCGCGGCCGUGCCUACCAUGGGCUCCUGGGUGUACAUCACGGUGGAGCUGGCCAUCGCCGUGCUGGCUGUGUUGGGCAACGUGCUGGUGUGCUGGGCUGUGUGGCUCAACAGCAACCUGCAGAACGUCACCAACUACUUUGUGGUGUCGCUGGCGGCAGCCGACAUUGCCGUGGGCGUGCUUGCCAUCCCCUUCGCCAUCACCAUCAGCACCGGGUUCUGCGCCGCCUGCCACGGCUGCCUCUUCAUCGCCUGCUUCGUCCUGGUCCUCACUCAGAGCUCCAUCUUCAGCCUGCUGGCCAUCGCCAUUGACCGCUACAUCGCCAUCCGCAUCCCGCUGCGGUACAAUGGCUUGGUGACUGGCACACGGGCCAAGGGCAUCAUUGCCAUCUGCUGGGUGCUGUCAUUUGCCAUCGGCCUGACGCCCAUGCUGGGCUGGAACAACUGCGGCCAGCCGAGGGAGGGCCGAAACCACUCGCAGGGCUGCGGGGCGGGCCAGGUGGCCUGCCUCUUUGAGGACGUGGUCCCCAUGAACUACAUGGUGUACUACAACUUCUUCGCCUGCGUGCUGCUGCCCCUGCUGCUCAUGCUGGGCAUCUACCUGCGCAUCUUCCUGGCUGCCCGGCGCCAGCUGAAGCAGAUGGAGAGCCAGCCCCUGCCGGGGGAGCGCACCCGGUCCACGCUGCAGAAGGAGGUGCACGCCGCCAAGUCGCUGGCCAUCAUCGUGGGGCUCUUUGCCCUCUGCUGGCUGCCCCUGCACAUCAUCAACUGCUUCACCCUCUUCUGCCCCGAGUGCAGCCACGCCCCUCUCUGGCUCAUGUACCUGGCCAUUGUCCUCUCCCACAGCAACUCUGUCGUGAACCCCUUCAUCUACGCCUACCGGAUCCGUGAGUUCCGCCAGACCUUCCGCAAGAUCAUCCGCAGCCACGUCCUGCGGCGGCAGGACCCCUUCAAGGCGGGCGGCACCAGUGCACGGGCCCUGGCUGCUCACGGCAGUGACGGGGAGCACGUCAGUCUUCGACUGAACGGCCACCCGCCGGGGCUGUGGGCCAAUGGCAGCGCUCCCCAUCCUCAACGUCGGCCCAACGGCUAUGCCCUGGGGCUGGGGAGCACAGGAGGCGCCCGAGCUUCCCACAGGGACGUGAGCCUCCCAGACGUGGAGCUCCUCGGCCAGGAGCGUAAGAGCAUGUGCCCGGAGUCCCCCGGCCUCGAGGAGCCCCUGGCCCAGGAUGGCGCGGGAGUGUCCUGAGUGUCCCCAGGAAGGGGAUCUCGAUCUUCCUGCUUGGCUGGACCAGUCACACGGGGAAAGAGAAGCAUGGGUGAGCCAAGAGACCCUGUGGCUGGCCGGCUCCCCCCUGGACUGAGGAGGGCGCCCCGGGCUGGAGCAGCAUGAGACCAGCAGGGAGGGUGCCGGUUCUGAGGAAGCAGGCGUCUUGUGCUGGGGGGCCCCCGAGCCAGGCCAGGGCCAAAGCACCAGCAGCACCUUGGCUGGGCAGGGCCCAGCCAGCCCCUCCCACCAAGCAUCUGGAAGCCACAGGUGUCCGCAGAGCACCCUGCCCUGGUCCUGAAACUGGGGAGUGGCUCCAGCAGCUCCCCUUCCCCAACACACACCCCCUACUCUCCCCGGACUUUGCUAGGGUGUCAGAGCUGCUGGCCUGGAUGUGGCAUUUGCCUAUUUUUUUUUUUUUCCAAGAGAAAAUGUAAGUGUGAGGAAAUCCCUUUUAUUUUAUUACCAUCCUCUCCCCCGCUGCUGGGUUUGCUGGUCCUGCUGCUAUCCUGGAACAGGGAACCUCAGGCAGCUCCCCCCACCCCCGGCUACCCUGAGCUGCCACACACUUCUCAGUCCCAAGGCCACCUCUUGGGGUGACAGAGCUGGGCCGGAGGACAGGGAGUUGUAGCAGGAACGCGGCUCAGGCCCUAGGGGAGAGGCUGGGACUGGCAAGCUAAGGGCAUGUGCCUGGGUCACUCGGAGCUGUCCAGCUAGUGGCCCUGGCUGACUGCCUUUCCUCUAAAGGGAAUGUUGUUUUUGUCAGAUAAAAUAAAAAUGAGCCACAUUGUGUUUUAAGCUUG